GAUCAUGGGUAAUACAUCUCCUUUCCCUUCUCGCCAUGCGGGAGGAGCGACGAUCGUGCUUCAGCAAAUCUUCCUGAAUUUGGACCGAAUGUUGCGAAUCGUCGACGCUUGACGCCCCUGAUCGCGACUUUAGUGGACUAAAACAUCAUUCGUGCCAUCUUCGUGUCCGGUUGGAGUCGCCUCGUGCACGUCGAAGCUUCUCGGCCUAGCUUAGCUUAGCUUAGCUUAGCUUGCUAGCAAAGAGACGCGUUUGGGAUCAACACUUCGCUCAGCAGAGAUCAAGCGGGAGUGUUGCGAUCGUCGUGUGAAAAUGUGUGCAAGGACAGCAGAGUACGAGGAGGAACUUUGGGGCCCAAAAGAGGAGAAGGAGCCACAACGUCAACUGCUGGACGCUGCGUUCAAUCUGCAGCCUCGAAUUGUGCUCCGCAGAGCAGACAUCACUAAAGAUCUUCGUCCUGACCAGCAGGAGCCAGAGCCCCUUCACAUUAAAGAGGAAGUGGAGGACGAAGAACGCACACUGAGCGGAAAGUGUUUCGAUCGUCAUGUGAAAAUGUGUGCAAGGACAGCAGAGUACGAGGAGGAACUUUGGGGCCCAAAAGAGGAGAAGGAGCCACAACGUCAACUGCUGGACGCUGUGUUCAAUCUGCAGCCUCGAAUUGUGCUACACAGAGCAGACGUCAGUGAAAAUCUUCAUCCAGAGCGGCAGCAGUCAGUGUCCCCUCACAUCAAAGAGGAAGAGGAGGAUGAAGAGGUUCAACACAUCAAAGAGGAGGAGGAAGAGUUCCUUCACAUUAAAGAGGAAGAGCCGGAGGACAUCAUCAAGGGUCCAUCAACUGGUGUCCCUUUGAAGAGUGAAGAUGAAGGUCGAAGUGAGGAGAGACGAGGGGCGGAGCCACCAAACAGCAACAGCUCAAGUGAUGGAGACCACUGUGGAGGAUCACAAACAGACGGUGAUGAUGAUGAUGAUGAUGAUGAUGAUGUUGAUGAACAGUUGGAAGGUGAUAUGACAUGUCACACUGCCAAUAAAUGCUGGAAAUGUUCUAAAUGUAAGAAAACCUUUGCUUCUAACCGCAAUUUCAUACAACACAUGAAAAUACACACUGGAGAGAAGCAUUUUGGCUGCUCAGUUUGUGGUCAAAGGUUCUCUGUGAAGAGUUACUUACAAAUACACACAAGAACACACACUGGUGAGAAGCCUUUUGCAUGCUCAGUUUGUGGUCAAAGAUUCUCUCACAAGGAAAGCUUAAAUAGACACACAAGAACCCACACUGGUGAGAAACCUUUUGCAUGCUCAGUUUGUGGUCAAAGUUUCUCCCGAAAGGAGAGCUUAAAAAUACACACAAGAACACACACCAGAGAGAAACCUUUUGCAUGCCCAGUUUGUGGUCAAAGAUUCUCUCACAAGGGAUAUUUGACAGGCCACGCAAGAACACACACUGGUGAGAAACCUUUUGCAUGCUCAGUUUGUGGUCAAAGAUUCUCCCUAAAGAAAAGCUUAAAAAUCCACACAAGAACACACACUGGUGAGAAACCUUUUGCUUGCUCAGUUUGUGGUCAAAGGUUCUCCCGAAAGGAAAGCUUAAAAAUACACACAAGAACACACACCAGAGAGAAACCUUUUGCAUGCUUAGUCUGUGGUCAAAGAUUCUCUCACAAGGGAUAUUUGACAGGUCACGCAAGAACACACACUGGAGAGAAGCCUUUUGCAUGCCCAGUUUGUGGUCAAAGAUUCUCCCUAAAGAAAAGCUUAAAAAUACACACAAGAACACACACUGGUGAGAAACCUUUUGCAUGCCCAGUUUGUGAUCAAAGAUUCUCUGUGAAGAGAUACUUAACAAUACACACAAGAACACACACUGGUGAGAAACCUUUUGCAUGCUCAGUUUGUGGUCAAAGAUUCUCCCAAAGGGGACAUUUGACAAGUCACACAAGAACCCACACUGGUGAGAAGCCUUUUGCCUGCUCAGUUUGUGGUCAAAGAUUCUCCCUAAAGGAAAGCUUAAAAAUACACGCAAGAACACACACUGGAGAGAAGCCUUUUUCCUGCUCAGGUUGUGGGCAAAGAUUCUCUCGUAAGGAUCGGGUUAAGACACACAAGUGUCCUGGUGAGACAAGCAGUGAUCAAGAAGCUUUUAAUGCAAAUGUAAAUGUUUAAUAUAAAAGUAAUGACUAUGUGACUGACAGAAAUCUACAUGCUUGUAUUCAGUGUACCAGCUUUUAUUUUAUGUAUCCUCUUCUUGUCCAUAUAGUUUCUAAAAGCCCUGUGAGUGUUGAGAAUGAACGCCCAGACUUCCCUUUCCCCAGCCACUUCAUCCAUCUCUUCCAGGGGGAUCCCGAGGCGUU